UCUAAUAUAUUCUAAUCUAAUCUAAUUGAAUCUUCGCUUUAUUUUGAGAUUAUCUUUGGAUCACAGUUUUCACAAAUCGUCUGACACAACUCUCUGUAAGAAAACACCUGAUAUGUUUUGUGCAGAGGAUGUUGUUAUUCCUAAUAUCAAAAUAGCUCUUAAUGACUCUGUUUCAUUGGAAACUAGAUUGACAUUCUCUAUUUUUGAAAUAUUUUUUAACCACAGGCUCUAAUUUUCUGCAUUGUAACGGUACUUUGGGCACCCAUUCUAAAUGCAGCAGUCAGAAGUGACGGGAUUUUACAUCUCUCCCUACCAGCUUUAAGAAUGAACGAUCAUCAAGCAGAGAAGAUGGUUUUAAAAAACCCUAAAAAACCACCUUUGAAACGUUUAAUGGUCCAAAGUAACGUUGCCAUUCCUCAUGAUUGUAUAAGUGGGCCAGGAGGUUUUCUCUCAUUUUCUGACAACUGUGGCUACAUGAAACAGUGCAAUUUGCAUCAUUCACAUUCUAUGCAAAAGGCUUCCCAAAAAGAUGUCUUGUCUGGAAGAUUGUCAAACAAUGUGUUAAGGCAUAGAAGCUUCAAAUACCCGAGCUAUACAACUCAUGAAUGUACAAAUUCAAGAACAUCUUGUCAGAAAGCAUCAGAGAACUGCAGGUUUUGCUCUGGAUACUCAGAAUGUUCUGAAGAAGAUCUACUUCCAUUCCAUUAUAGUAAAGAUAGUACUCUACAGGCAUCAGCUUCUGUUAAGGUUGAUGUUCAGAUGGAGACUGGUUUAGUAAACUGUAAAGUAGUGGACUCACCUCAGGAAUUUUCCAUGACUGAUGUUGUAGAACAAGGUUCUUGUGUUUCCAGCCAGAUGGACAGUAGGAAAAAUGGCAACUCACUGAAUGCUUUGCCAUCAGAUCCAUCUUCAUAUGAAACAUGUGCAUCUGUUCAGUCAGGAUCAUCUUCCAGCCUUCAUCACUCAUUAAUCAAUCCUUCAAAUGCUUGUCGUAAUUUGGCUCAAGGGUACAGAAAAUGUCAGCCUUCGAGCACCUGUGAAAAUCAAUGUAGUCACCUUUCUAAGACAGUUUUAACAGGUGAGAGUCACUCACAUGAAAGCAGUACUGUUGAUUUUCUGCAUUCUGAGACAAUGACGACUUCCAUGUCCUGUUGCGUUGUGCACCAGUGUGCUGUGGGACACACAUUUAGUGGAAAGCCAUCAUCUUCCUGGGGAAGAGAAAGCAGUGUCCCUGAACCUUUGGAAUUUCCCAACAGGCCCGUAAGGAUGGCUCAGUCAUCCAAGGCAUAUUCAUUUGGAAAGCAAGAUCUUCAAACUCCUGGUAGCACUGUUGCAGUGUCAGUUGUGGCCUCUAUAGCUCAUGAAGGCCAGAGAAGAUUUCCUCCCAGCCCCAAAAAGAUAAGGGGAUGUUUUGAGGGACAGUUGAAUCAAGCUAAUGCAUCACUUGAGUGUAUGCUUACACCAGAGCUAGAUACCAAUGACCUAAAUAUGCAUUUGCAGGGGAAGUUCUGCAGGUUUCAAGGGAGUCUGAAAAGUGCUGUUCUCAAAAGCCCUUCAGACUCAUCACAUGUUGGUUCACAUCUGCAUACAGCAUCAUACACUGAUGGUAAUCUUCUACAUAAAAAUGAGCAAAAGGUGAACAGAGCCAGUCUUUAUCUCAACUUGAAAAGAAGCAGCAGUGUGGGCAAAUUCAGUCUCACACCUUUCUCCUCUAGAAGGUAUGGACUGUCACUUAACAGUUAUCAAAAUGGGGGCAUGAAUGAUCCUGCCUGUUUUAAAGCAGAAGGAGAUGGACAAAAAGGGCAAGGCCACUUGCCACUAAAAGAGACUAAAUUGGACAGAUAUCAGCAUCAUAUCUCAGUCAGCUCUUCCAUUAGCUUUCAAACAAAUGAAAGAAUGGAUGAAAUAAGGCAUGGCAGGGAGAAAAUAGUGCAAAAAGGCCCUCACAGUGAAAGCCACAACAAUUUACAGUCAUUUCCUAAUCUAGUAAUGAUGCCUUUACAUUAUUCUACUGAAAGUACAAAAGAAAGGUUUCUAAAGCCAUACAGACAACAGCUGCUUUACAGAUAUUUCAAUGCAUGGAAAGACUAUGUCAUAUUAAGAGAUGCUGCUGCUAGGUUUGUGAAUGAAAGCCAUCUUCUGCGCAAGGGGUUGGCAGCUUUGCAAUGUGCUGUACAAAUCCGCCACAUGCAAAUGAGUAGCAUUGCUGCAAGAAGUAGGAAGAGGAUCUUAACAGCUUACUUUAACUUGUGGAAGUUUGCAUUUGCUGAGAGUCAAGCACAUGGUGACUAUCCAUUCCAAUACCUUUCAAAUCAGGACUCUCAUGUAAGAGAACUAAGUCGGUCAACCAACAAUCAGUUUUUCAUCAAGCCUACUACCACAGAGCAAGUGAACUCAAAUGUUAGUACAACAUGUAUGAAAAUGGCAGAAGCACACUACAGUGUGACACUCCUGUCAAAACACUGGAUUGUGUGGAGUAAGGCCAUGAUUAAAAACAGUCAGAGAAAUCAACAGGAAAUCUUAGCUCUUGUUUAUGAAGGAUACAACUUGAAAAGGAUGGCAUUUGUGACCUGGAUGGAGCAUUUCUAUAAAAAAUGUCUGGCCACGCAUCAUCAUAGACGUGCUCUACUUUCCUGUGUUUUCAAGGUCUGGUGGACUCGAGUGCGGGAUGCUCAGGUUGUAUGGCAAAUACAAUUCCAACAGAGUAUGACAUUUUACAGGAAUGUCCUGAUAAGAAGGAGUUUUCAGCUUUGGUGGCAGACACUCACUGUGAAAAAAACUUUAGAGAAGCACCAAUGUCGAAUAGCAAGAAAGUUCAUAAUCCGUUGGAUACAGGCUGUCUGUAGGAAGAAAUUGAAAAAGAUGCAGUUGAUGGCUAGCCAGCAUCUGAAAAGGAAAAGGCUGGAAAAUGCAUUAAGAAUAUGGCAGUUGCUAAAGGAAAAGAAUGGUGUUGAACAAGCUCAAAUGAAAGAGUGCUGGCUACUUCUGGAAAGAAACAAAAUGAAGGUGGCUUUCAGAGUCUGGAGGGAAUGUUAUUGUGAAAGAAAGAGGUUGCAGCCACUGAUCUCAAUUAUUCGAAAAAGACGACUGUCAAGUUGUUUCCAGAGCUGGAGAGAAGUUGUGCUUCAAAAAUAUAUCGCCUUUCGUCAUUGCAUUCAGCUUCAAAGAUUAACAGUAAAGACGUGUUUUACCCAUUGGAGAUGGCUCCUGAAGCUUCAGUAUUUACAAAAAGCUUUCAUCUUGAGAACAGCAAAAAGAAGAGAGCAGCAAACCACCAACUGCUCUAGAGGAUUUCCACAAGAAUUGUUGAACAGAAGUGUGAAGACAUUGCAUGAUCACUUAUUGCUUCAGAAGGCUUUCCAUAAAUGGAAAGAAGAAUGCCAGAAGCAAUUGGAACCCAGCUUCCUGUUUCCAGAGGAUAAGCAGUGCAGAGUACAAGCAGUACUUACACGCUGGCACACUUUAACAAAGGAAGCUUUGGAAGGCAGAGCUGUAAGAUCCAUCACUAAAUUAAGCAGAACUACUUUAUCUUUACUGGAUGUGUCCACCAUGUCAUUGGGGUUUUAUAGCACGUCACCAAAUUGUGUUCCUUCCAAAAUUACUCUUGGUUUUAAAGAGAAGACUGUUUCUGAUCAAACACUCCAACAUCGUGAUCCUGUGGUACUGGCCAGCAUGGACAAGAUGUGCAUUGAUCUCAAGAGAAAGCUGGAGUUCCGCAAAUUGCACUGGUGCUUCUUCCAUUGGUUUGCAGAGAUGUACAACUUCCAAAAUGUAACAUUUCAUCAUCAACGUACUCUGAUGUCAAGAAUGCUUGCAAACUGGCGGACUCAGACAAAGAUGAGGAUAACAAGAAGAAAACUCCUGGGUUUAUUUCAGCGCCAAUCGCAGAUGAAACUCUUGACAUCGUAUUUCAAAGAGUGGUGUACAAAACUAAUGGGAAGUCAAAGAAGAAAAUGCACCCUUCAGCUUUCCAUUUUCAAGCUUCAUCACUUUCAGCAAGCAACCUUUUUCCACCGAUGGAGAAUGGCCACCAGAGGGAGGCAAACUCACAAGAAGCACUGUCAGCUAAUCAUCACACAGGCAUUUUGCUGGUGGAAAAAAGUAGCAAUCAGCAGCAAGAAAGUUCGGCACAUUGUACAGCAGAGGAGAAUGGCAAGUUUGAGGCUAUACUUUAUUUCUUGGCACAUUAAAUUUAAAGAAAGCAAAGACCUACAGAUGAAGACCAAAGUGUUUUGUAUUAGCAGAAAUAAACACAGAGUGUCUCAAGCUUUUUCAAUGUGGGUAACUUGCUAUCUGAGUCAGUGUAAUGCAGAUGAACUCUACCAGAGACAUUUAUUACAAAGAGUAUUUUUGCAGUGGCAGAACUUUGUUUGCAACUUGAAACAGCGCUUAGCAUAUAGCAACAAAAUCAUAACUGCCCUACGAAUAAGGACAAUCUUUAAUAUGUGGAGAAAACAAGCAGACAUUCUUCCUAAGAGAAGACUUUUAACUCUCAAGAUCACUCAGACUCAACAGGUCAACCUUUUGAGGUUAAUUCUGAUAUCAUGGAGUCAGCUGGCAUUGUCUAGAAGACAUCGUGUUCAAUACCUCAGCAGAAAAUAUUUUACUCGAUGGGCUCUAGUAGCCUUGGGACCACAGCAGGAGGAUAUGACAGAAAACCUCCAAAAUCGGAGCCAGAGAAAAUUUAGAACUUACCUUAGCAAAAAGUACUUUAUGAGGUGGAGGCAUGAAUCUCUGCUGCAGCAGUAUCAAAAGAGAAAGGUGGUGCAGAUAAAAAUAAUUGCUUGGAACCAGUGGAAGGAAUUUGCUGAAGCAGAGCUUUUCAUUAAAAACAUUAAUGAACGACAAAAGUUAGACAAAGCCUGGAUGGAAUGGCGGAAGAGGUUCAUUCAGAUUCAAGUCGCUCAGAAUUUCAUGGCUAAGCAACAGAAAGCACUGCUGUUUGAAGCUUUCUCUGCAUGGUGCAGUCUGGUUUAUCCACAGAAGUCUAAAGAGAAGUUACUGGGACAUGUCCAUACCAGUAUGCAGGGGCACACAAGAGAAGGUGAAACAGAAUAAGUGAAUAUCCUACAACAGCAAAAAAGGUCCAAGGGUGCAGAAGACAGUGCUUUUGUUACUUUAUCUCAUGUAUCAUCUUAAUCAUAAUCAUUUAUGCCAAACAAAUACAGCUUGUUCCAUCUGCACCUUGCAUCCAUAAGAGUUAAAGGACAAGCAUUUUAUAUUUUUAGAGAAACCUUCAAGGUUUCUCUGUUUGAUAGCUAAGUGUCUACUUUCAGGAGCACUUUGCCAAUGAAGAGUCAGUUAAAUAUAUUGUCUUCCCCUGUGCCAUCCCAUGCAGGAGUCUAAUGUGGGGAAAAAGACAAAAUGCACUAAAAGUCAACUUUUUCUAUAUUCUUUGUAGCUGUUUGCUGCAACUGUACUGUAUCUUUUUAUUUGUGUUCUGUCAGAGUUUUGGCACAUUUUUAUUAAAUUUGGUGUAAGAAAAAUUCAACAUCUCUCGUCAAAUAGUAGUAUGACAUUAGAUCUGCCUAUGAAAAUGACCCAGUAAGAAGGCAUUUUCAUGAAACAUUCUGUAGGAGAAAUUAAAAAAAUACACAUACCAAAGAAUAUGUGCAGCAAAGUGCUAGCCACAAUGUGUCUUUUAUUUCACAGUAGUAACAAUAAUGUGUCUACAGAUAAACAAGUAACGUCAUCAUAAGGGCAACAGUGUCGUGACAGGAGAUUAAAUGUCUUCAGAAAAAGGGAACAAAUAGUCUGACAGAAGAUUAGGUGCCAAAGAGGGCGUGAACUCAUAGACAUAGUGUUCAAAUAAUCUGACGGGAUUAGGGUGUGGUGCUGAUGACAGGACUGAGCACAUCCUUGGAGGCCAGUUGUUCAUUAGAACCAACCCAGAUGCCCUUUCUCUGUUACACGUUUUCAAUGUUUUUAAGAGUUGUUACUCUCUUUUUAAGUCUGUAUUUCUUAAACCAUUUUUAAUUGUUAGUAGUUGGGUGACUGGUGUGGUCAGUACCCACAAUUAUGCAGGGAGAAGAUCAGAAGAAUAUCUGUAUUACUGCAUCCAGAAUUAAAAUGAAAAAAAUGCUGGCUUUCAUUUACCCUGUGAACAGUAUCCAAAAACAGGGAUCUGAGUUCAGGUCAUUGCCGUAAUGACAUUUACAUGGACACUCCAUGAGCACACUGGUUUUCUUCCUUUUCCCAGUUCCCAGUGGUUUAAGUGGGUGUGCGCGUGUUUGCCUCCCAGUAUGCUGGGGGAGAGAGUUGGUGUCCACUUUGUGCUCAGUGCAGCCCUCACAAGUCUGUAAUGGAAAUGCGGUUUCAGAAAAUAAAUGAAAAUUAAAUCAGUUCUUGUUUGUCUUCCCAGCUACAUUCUUCAACUUUAGGCGGAGCUACAACCUGUCUUUCUAGCUUUAAAAAGAAAACAUUGAUAACAAUGGUGUGCUAUGUUUUUGGAUGUACAAUUACAAAUAAAGUUGUUUGGCUUAGCAUCGCAAUGCUUACCUGCACAUCACCAUAACGCCUUGUUUACCAUUUUGUAGGAGUAGCCACAUCAUGUCAGCUGUCACCUGCCUUCAGGUGAGGUAGGCAGACAAGACCAUUAGCCUUGAACAAUGGCCUUUAUGUAGCAGCACGGCGGUCUUUAGACGUUUUGGUGAUUGUAUGGGAGUCAUCAUAUGCAUUCUGGUUCCAGUGUUUGUUUUAGUUCACAAUGUACCAUUAUUCUACAGUUAUUGUUUAUUAACAUUGUUUAUGUCUUUCACUUUCUGGUGUCAUAGGUUAGUAGAUAAUACUGGUUAGGUAACGGCAGUGACAUUAGGGAGAUGGCUGUGUUUCUUCAAGGAACUGACAACAAUGCAAAUGUUUUCCUGCAGUUCAGCUAUUGUCAUGUUUGAAUCUGGCAUGCUGUUGUUCUGUAAGUGAACUGAGAAAAAAAUCUUUAAUGUUCCACAUAAUCAGUAUUUUAAGACUAUUUAUUUUAUUU